AAAAAUAAUGAUAUAAUAGAACAUAUAUUGAUAUAUUAAAUAGAAAAAACGAUUUCUUUAUAAUGUGAAAAUAGAAAAGCAGAAGUAAUAAUACAUAACAAAAAAUAAUUUUAAGAAACAAUGACAAACCAAAUAACUAGAACUGCACUCUCUGAAAUACCCAGCAGAUUAGAAGCACUGCGGGUAGCAACAACGCCUACAAACACUCAUAGGCGUAGUACAGAGGAAUACAAUGGAAAUGUUUACAACCCAGUAACUCUUUUGGACAACGCAACAAAUGUUGCAUUAUCUGAAGAAUAUAUGGUCUCACCACUUCACUCGCCAGAUGAACUUGUAAUACGUCAACGUGGACGACGUAGUUUUACGACAUGGUCUCCAGAUCAACCAGUGUCCAUGCAAGCUUAUAGCCCCUUUCAGCGCACACCAACAAAAAUGCCUCUUACGACUAGUAUGAUAUUACGUAGUUCGCCACGUAAACGCUUAACAAUGGGUACUUUACCGUCAGAUUCAAUACCAUCAUCACCUACAAAGAACUAUUUUUGGGCAGAUCAACCAAUAAUAAAGAAGUUACGAAUAGAAAGUGAUGAACGUCCAAUUGCUCAGCUCAAUAAGGACGUACCAUUAAAAACAGUGUUGGAAGGAUUCUCACAUCAACAACUUAUUGAUUUGAUUGUUGAUGGUGUGGUUGCAGGAAAUAAACAUUUAGAAGAUAAAUUGCGUUCACACUUACCGAUACCAGAUAUAAUUCCAAUGGAGCGGGAGCUAUUACAUAUUAAACGAAAUAUUUUUAGAUCCCUGCCAACGUCACGUCUUUGUAAAAAAACUGAUAGUACAUCAUAUGGGAGAGCGGCAGUUCAUUUGCUUGAAUUUAAGCGCAUAUUACACUCACACACAAAGCAAUUGUAUAAUUCAGCCCAUUGGGAUGCAUUGCUCGAUUAUAUUAUAAUAGCUUGGCCCUGUGUUCGCGAGACUCCUAUUUGGGAUAGUGCUACGCAUAAUUCAGUGCGAAAGCAGUGUUUUAAACUAUUAUCAUGUCAUUGUAUGGCAGCAGUUAAAUAUGGAGGCUUGCGUUUGGGCAUUGAUCGUCUGUUAUUUCUACAAAAAAAUCUUAGUGGUUGGAUGCGAGACUAUGAAGAUGUUAACUCUUGUUUAAGUGCAGUAAAUAAGAUGCUCAAUAAUGGCUAGUAAAAGUUGCAUUUUUAGAUGCUUUUAAAGUAAAUUUUAGUUCUUUUGCAAUUGUUUUCCUCAAUACAUUGUACCUUAUUAUUUUAUUAUAGAAUAUUUAUAACAUGCCAUAUUAUAAGUUAUAAAAAUUUUUAAUACUCAACGCUAAUGGAGUUAGGUAACUAACUCCAAACAAAUAACAUUUUUAACUAAAACAGGUUGUAAUACUAAGAAUUGAGGAUUUUAUACAAAAAAGUUUUAAAAUAAAAUUUAAAGACAAUUUAUUUAAUAUC